AACAAGCACGAAUAGAGCACUUGGAGUCUCAACAGGCCAUGGGUGGGCCUGUUGCACCAGCUGCUACACAUGUGCAUUCACAACAACAAUCCCAUGCAUACACCUCAUCGUUUAAUUGUCAUCGUUCGUCCGAGGAAGUUCACAUAUCAAAGAAAGAAAAGAAGAAGAAGAAGAAGAAGUAGAUAUGACAAACUCAGAGGCACUUGCUGGAUAUGAUGUCUUUUAUUGAUCCACUUCCCCCAUUCAGAAUGAAGCAGUGGCAAGUGAUUGUUCUUUUGUUUUUUGAUGCUCUCUCUGUUUCAAGAAUUCCAGCACUUACUCCACAUAUGACAAGUCGCAGGGCAUUGCUUCGCAAGGUGAGGUUACUACAAAAUUUAAUCUGAUUUAAUUUUUUGUGAACAUAGGCCAUCUUUGAUUCCACAAGACUAUUAGUGAGAUAUCAAUAAUCUAAUCAAAGUAGUGUGGUAUUCACAAUCACACCCCUACCCCAUUACAAAUAAUUCUACAAAUUUGUUGGAUUAAUUAUCCAUUGGAUUGAUAAUCCUAAAACAAAAUGUCAAAACAAACAUAGCAUAAUUGGACCAACGGAUUAAUAAUCCCAAUCCCAUGCUCUAAUCCUUCCAAUCAAACAUGCCAAUAUAGUAUACACAUACGUUCAUGCACAUCUCCAUGGAUCUUGGAAUUUCAUUUGGAAGCCUAAUGUGGAGCAAGCCAAGUCCUUCAUGGAGAAAAAGCUUAAUUCAGUGAUAAUGUUUUAGGCACAUGUUAACCAUUAUAUUAUUGUUUGUGCAUUUAGAUUGAGAAAUGCCUUGUUUCUGGGUUACUUCGGAUCUGUUAUUAUCUUGAUUGUACAUUUGGAUCACAAUGACUGCUGUAUUAGCGAGUGUGCUAUUAGAAGUAGAGACUCACUGGGCCCUAAACUAUUUUUAUUUUUAUUUUUUAUAAGUGGUUAAUAAAAAUUAAUGCUUAUUCAUUGUCUACCAGUUGUUUCAAGACCUUUUAGUUUUACUCUUUGGAAAAGGUAAAUAUUUGUGGUUUGGAGUUAUUGUUUUAUUUCCUAAUCUUGAUAAUGUUUGUUGGGCUGAAUGUUAAAGUCAAGUUCACAUGUGUAUCUGAUAUUAGUUCAUUUCAUGUUAUAAUAAUCCUGAUAAUGUUUGUUGGGCUGAAUGUUAAAGUCAAGUUCACAUGUGUAUCUGAUAUUAGUUCAUUUCAUGUUAUAAUAAUCCUGAUAAUGUUUGUUGGGCUGAAUGUUAAAGUCAAGUUCACAUGUGUAUCUGAUAUUAGUUCAUUUCAUGUUAUAAUAAUCCUGAUAAUGUUUGUUGGGCUGAAUGUUAAAGUCAAGUUCACACGUGUAUCUGAUAUUAGUUCAUUUCAUGUUAUAAUAAUCCUGAUAAUGUUUGUUGGGCUGAAUGUUAAAGUCAAGUUCACACGUGUAUCUGAUAUUAGUUCAUUUCAUGUUAUAAUAAUCCUGAUAAUGUUUGUUGGGCUGAAUGUUAAAGUCAAGUUCACACGUGUAUCUGAUAUUAGUUCAUUUCAUGUUAUAAUAAUCCUGAUAAUGUUUGUUGGGCUGAAUGUUAAAGUCAAGUUCACAUGUGUAUCUGAUAUUAGUUCAUUUCAUGUUAUAAUAAUCCUGAUAAUGUUUGUUGGGCUGAAUGUUAAAGUCAAGUUCACACGUGUAUCUGAUAUUAGUUCAUUUCAUGUUAUAAUAAUCCUGAUAAUGUUUGUUGGGCUGAAUGUUAAAGUCAAGUUCACACGUGUAUCUGAUAUUAGUUCAUUUCAUGUUAUAAUAAUCCUGAUAAUGUUUGUUGGGCUGAAUGUUAAAGUCAAGUUCACACGUGUAUCUGAUAUUAGUUCAUUUCAUGUUAUAAUAAUCCUGAUAAUGUUUGUUGGGCUGAAUGUUAAAGUCAAGUUCACAUGUGUAUCUGAUAUUAGUUCAUUUCAUGUUAUAAUAAUCCUGAUAAUGUUUGUUGGGCUGAAUGUUAAAGUCAAGUUCACACGUGUAUCUGAUAUUAGUUCAUUUCAUGUCUUAAUAAUCACAAGUUGCUCUAUGAAUUGGAAUACCAGUUGAGUGAUUGAUGCAUUCUCAAGGUUACAACUUGUUACCUUUUCAUAUUGUUAGGCUUGACAAAAGCUUUGAUUAAAUGUAAGAAAUUGACAGAUUAUCCUGCAACCAUUGUUGUCUCCCACUUCCGUUUAUACCAUUUAUCCACUGUGAAGAAAGGAAGUAAUCUCCUGUUGUUUUGCUGUCAAGUUUAUAUAUAUAUUGGUAAAUUAGAAGUUCAUUCAAACCAAAGCAAACCAGGUGCAAAAACAACCUGGGGGCAUACCCCCUGGCCAUCAAGCAAAAGCAAACCAAAAAUGAUAACAAAACAUAGUGACUAUCACUAGGUUUUUCAUAGCCCACUGGCAAACAAAUAUCUACUUCAAAAAUACCUCACUAGGGGGAAACAGAUUGCUCAGAAUUACAAGAGAUGUUAACUACAAAAACAGAGUGGGAUUAAGAAUUCUAGUAGAGAUAUUCCAAACCAAACAAAGGUGUCAAUUACUC